AGUACCAUGCAUAUAAAUAAGCAUUGUAACUGAAUAACAACCCCAGCCCAAGCUUCUCUUCUCUUGCUCCUUCCAUCUCCCUUCGACCUUUCACACGCUCAAACAAACACCUUUGCCUGCCACCAACCAAAAUGGAAGAACAACAAUCUACACAACACCAAAACCAUGACUUCAUUUUCCGUUCCAAACUGCCCGACAUUUACAUUCCCACGCACCUCCCUCUCCACACUUACAUCUUCCAAAACAUCUCCCAAUUCAACAACCGACCCUGCCUCAUCAACGCCGCCACCGGAGAAUGCUUCACCUAUGCCGAAGUCCAACUCACCGCUCGCAGAGUCGCCGCCGGCCUCAACAAACUCGGCAUCCAGCGCGGCGACGUCAUCUUCCUUCUCCUCCGGAACUGCCCCCAGUUCGUCUUCGCAUUCCUGGGCUCCUCCUUCUGCGGCGCCAUGAUCACCACCGCUAACCCCUUCUACACUCCGGCGGAGGUGGCCAAGCAAGCCGCGGCCUCCAACGCCAAACUCAUCAUAACGCAGGCGUCCUACGUGGAUAAAGUGAAGGAUUUCGCGAGGGAAAACGACGUCAGAGUGAUGUGCGUUGACGCGGCGCCGGAAGGUUACCUUCACUUCUCGGAGUUGACGGAGGCAAACGAGAAAGACAUUCCCGGCGUUAAAAUAUCCCCGGACGAUGUGGUUGCGCUGCCGUAUUCUUCAGGAACGACGGGGAAUCCGAAGGGAGUGAUGCUAACGCACAAGGGGAUGGUUACGAGCGUGGCGCAACAAGUGGACGGAGAGAACCCUAAUCUGUAUAUACGCAGCGAGGACGUGGUGUUGUGCGUGCUUCCACUUUUCCAUAUUUAUGCUCUGAACAGUGUUUUGCUCUGUUCUCUUCGAGUUGGGGCUACCGUUUUGAUAAUGGCCGAAUUUGAUAUUGUUAAGUUGAUAGAGUUAGUUGAGAAACAGAGGGUAAGCGUGGCGGCUUUUGUGCCGCCCAUCGUAUUGGCGAUUGCGAAGAGUCGAGAUUUGCAGCGAUACGACCUGUCGUCGAUUCGAAUGAUUAUCUGUGGUGCAGCACCCGUGGGAGAGGAACUUGAGAAUUGUAUGAGGGCGAAACUACCCAACGCUAUAUUUGGUCAGGGUUACGGGAUGACAGAAGCGUUAGCUAUUUCAUACUGCUUAUCCUUUGCGAAGGAAGCAGUGGAAAUGAAAUCAGGUUCGAGCGGGAGCGUGGUAAGAAACGCGGAGAUGAAGAUCGUUCACCCUCAAACUGGUGCUUCGCUCCGUAGGAACAAAGCAGGUGAGAUUUGCAUCAGAGGCAACCAGAUCAUGAAAGGUUACCUAAACGACGAAGAGGCAACAAAAAAUACAAUAGAUAAGGAGGGAUGGUUGCAUACGGGUGAUAUUGGGUACAUGGAUGAUGAUGAUGAACUUUUCAUCGUUGAUCGAUUGAAGGAAUUGAUCAAAUACAAAGGAUUCCAAGUGGCUCCAGCGGAGUUGGAAGCCAUUCUAAUUGCUCACCCCAAUAUUUCAGAUGCUGCCAUUGUGGCCAUGAAGGAUGAAGUUGCAGGAGAAGUUCCAGUGGCGUUUGUUGUAAGAUCAAAAGGUUCUCAUAUAUCUGAGCAAGAAAUCAAGCAAUACAUCUCAAACCAGGUUGUGUUUUAUAAAAGAAUCAGCAAGGUUUUCUUUGUGGGCUCCAUUCCAAAGUCUGCCUCUGGAAAGAUCUUGCGAAGAAAAAUCACGGCAAGGCUUUGAGGCCAACCCUUCUCAAAAUGAAUUCAUAUCAUACGAAUAAGUUUUUCCUUCAUAUUAAAUAAAGAUGUAAGGGGUGAAAAUAGCAAGAAAAGGUGGGGAGAAUAGCCACCCCAAUCCUAUAACUAUUGGGCUUACGUUUUAACCACAGCCCAUAUUGAAUCCAAUAGAAUCUUGUAUGUGACGUAAAAAGUGACGUUAAUGUGACAAUGAGAUUGACCUGGACCAUCCAAAGUGGUGGUGGUAGGUGG